CGACAGCCACGAGCUGGCCUCCCCGGCACCGCGGACACGGGCACGGCGAGACAACCGCCUUUGACACCUAACUCGGACCCGCACCUCCUACAGCAGCGCGUUCCGAAACUCAGCGUCCCAGCCCAUCCUGGCGCGGUGCCAGGGCGCACCUGCUUCCGCACGCCACAGGCUAGCGACGAAGCAGGUCUAGGAAAUCAGGAGGAUCUGUUUCUCUAACAAUGGCAGCAAAAUCAUCACUCCUUAAAGUAAUACUGCUAGGAGAUGGUGGAGUCGGGAAGAGCUCCCUUAUGAACAGAUACGUCACCAACAAGUUUGAUGCACAGCUGUUUCAUACAAUAGGUGUGGAAUUCUUAAAUAAAGAGUUGGAAGUUGAUGGACAUUUUGUUACAAUGCAGAUAUGGGACACGGCAGGUCAGGAACGUUUUCGGAGCUUGCGGACUCCUUUCUAUAGAGGUUCUGACUGUUGUCUGCUAACCUUCAGCGUGGAUGACUCUCAAAGCUUCCAAAACUUAAGCAACUGGAAGAAAGAAUUCAUUUAUUAUGCAGACGUCAAGGAGCCUGAAAGUUUUCCGUUUGUGAUAUUGGGUAACAAAGUUGAUAUUGAUGACAGGCAAGUGUCUACAGAAGAAGCCCAAGACUGGUGCAGGAAUAAUGGCAACCAUCCGUAUUUUGAAACCAGUGCAAAAGAUGCCACCAAUGUUGCAGCAGCCUUUGAAGAAGCAGUUAGAAGAGUGCUAGCCUCUGAAGACAGAUCAGAUCACUUUAUUCAAACAGAUACAGUAAACCUUCAUCGGAAACCGAAACCCAGUUCAUCUUGUUGUUGACUUUUUUUUUUUUUGCAAAUUACUUUUGACUAGCUUGCUCUGUUAAAGGAUGAGGAAGGUGUAGUAGAUAAAAUAACAAAUGGGUUUCACUCUAAUAUUAAAAUUGUAAUAUUCUGCUGCUUUCUACGGGAAGCAAAAGAAAAAAAAAAUGCAUCCAUGAGUGACCCAUUAUUGAAUUAGUGACACUUUCUGUUUAGGAAGGUGUUAAGUAAAAACAAUAAUGUAAGAAUGUAAUUUGCCAACUUUAUUCAAAUGAUAAAUACUUUGAAUAUAAUUAAAACUUGAAAGUUCUAGAAGCACUACUUUGGAGAAACUGUUCUGGAAUUCAGGCACAAAGAUACUUUUAUAGGUGUAUAUUUUUAUGAAAUUGGCAUUCCAUUUUUGUUUCUCUAGAAGUCAGUUUCUUAACAAUGCUAGAUAUUAAACUUCAGUGUCACUACAUUCCUUUUGCUGUGAGUGGUACUUCAUCUCUGAUGUGUUUAUUAUAAGUUAAUAUAAAUUACCUCCAGGUCUUCUCUAAUUGCCUAAUGUUUCUAUAAUUUGUGUAGGUUUUUAAGUAGGAAAUACAUUUCCUACAUAUUUAAUGUCCAUUUUUCUUUCAUUUACUAUUGUAAUGCUCUACUAAUUUUUCCAGCAAGUUUAAUGCAGGAUACUGAUGAGUUAAGACAUGUAUUUGCCUUAAGUCCCAUUCUCGCAUGUUCCUGUUCAAUAAGGUAAUAAAAAUUGAGUCACUGAAGUAUAACUAUUUUUAGAUACGAAAAAAAUACACUUUAUUCAGUCAGCUUUAACUGCACUUGAAGGGAUCCACAUCAUGACAUAAUUGUAAGAGAAUGUUUAGUAUACAGCCUUAAAGUCCCAAACCUCUUUUUCCUUGUUCACCUGAGCUAUGAAUGUGUUUACCAGUAAUCUCUUCACUGUGAAACUAAGGAUUGGCAAUACGUAGAGAACUCAGGAAGCUCUUGAUUUACAGUAGGUUGUGACAGCUUUCAGCCCUAAUACAAGUAAAUACCUGCACCUAGUGAUUGAGCUGAAUUUGAUCCUUACUUAAUUUGUGAUUUUAGGAUAUGGACUUACACAUUUAAGACAAAGUCUUUUAUAUUACUGUACUCAUUACAUGAUUAAGGGACAGUCUUUCUGCAGGAAUGCAGGUGAAACAACAGGUGGCAUAUUUGAGGCUCUCUGUUGCAGUUAAAUGGUACAAUACUUGUACAAGAAGUUGAAAGUUGGUGCUUGGCCUAUCUACUGUCCUACUAUAGCAAACUUGAUCGCACACUUGCUUCGAUGUGUAAUCUGCUAACAGGCAUGCGCGUACACCUGUUGUGGACUUCAAAAGGAAGUCUGAGGCCUAUAGGACAGGCCAUAUUAUUUGCUAAUCUACAGACUGCUUUCUGUACAGCAGUUUUCAUGUUUCAAUAGAAAAGCCUUUCUUGAGAGUACAUUAACAACAAAAGUUUUCUCAUAAUGUAUCUGUUUACUCUGUACCAGGUGUAAUGAUUCAGAAGUAAAGCUUGCAAAACAAACCAUUCUUGUCUCUCUCAGUACACUUUCCUGAAUGUAUUGUAUUCUUGCUUGAACCUGUCCAGGACACCUUUACGCUAUAGUGCUGCUGCUGCUUCAAAGUGAUGUCUUUCUACUUUCUGUAUGUUCUAAGUCUAGUAAUUCCUUCUUGCAGUCCUGCAUAUGCAGCAACAAAAAGGUUUUAAGCUUCAGUGACCUAACAGCUGAAUAUAGAUUGAGCUGCUACUUCUGUUAUGUUUCAUUUCUAGCCAGUGAGUGAAAAGACCUGUGAAGAAAAUCUUAGCUAAAUUCCUCUUAACGGAGCAAAAAGCUUUAAAAACUAAGAUUGCUUGCGUUGAGGGCUACUAAGUUAGUGACAUUAAAUUGUUGUAAAACACUACUGCCUUACUGUUUAAAGCUUCCUUUAAUGUUCAUUUUAGCAAAGGUAAGGUUGAAACAAAACAGGAGAUGGAAGUUACCAUGACUAAGGAUGCUAAAAGAAAUAAAGAGGAGAACCAUUGUGGUCUUUUUUGUCCUUAAAA